GUUACCCUGCUGGCGCUGGCGCUGCCACUACACAACACGCCAACUUGUUGUUAUUCAAAAUGAAAACUUUUGCUGGUUUGAGUGAUUGGGAUUGCGUUACAUUUACUAUAGAAUGACUUGGUUUCCAUCUCACCUGCAUGGAAUUCGAGGGUAUAGGUGACUUUUCGGGAUCUCGAGGCUACAAGGAGAGCGUGUGCUGAUCCAACACCCGUUAUUGAUGGAAGAAGAGCCAAUUGUAACUUAGCUUCACUUGGUCGAUCACAACCUCUGUCUUAUGAUUCGAGUGUCGCUGUGAAUUCCUCAUCUCCAAUUUCCUUCCAAUUCUCCAAUUUCGCCUUUCGCUUUCGCUCCGAUCCCGAGGAACAGGGUUUUCACUUUUCACUGUUCCAUUCAGUUUCUGAGCUCAACUCGCUUCCGAUUCGCCGCGCGCCAAAACGAUUCGUUUUUGGACUUUAGCGUCGCGUCCUAUUCCGAGAAAUUAUAUAAUAAAAGAUGAGACGAUUGAAGAAUGACAUUAAUGAAGAUGAGGUGCUUCCCAAUGAUCAGACUGGGGCACAGCUGAAUGGGGCACAGCUGAAUGAUGAGGGUUCUGAAGGAAGUGCUGGCGUUGUUCUGAAGAAAGGACCAUGGACAUCAACUGAAGAUGAUAUUUUGGUGGAUUAUGUCAAGAAGCAUGGGGAGGGGAACUGGAAUGCUGUUCAGAAGCACACAGGGCUAUUACGUUGUGGAAAAAGUUGUCGGCUGCGAUGGGCUAAUCAUCUUAGGCCAAAUUUGAAGAAAGGUGCAUUUACUGCAGAAGAGGAGCGGUUGAUUGCUGAACUUCAUGCCAAAAUGGGAAACAAAUGGGCACGCAUGGCAGCACAUUUGCCUGGUCGUACAGAUAAUGAGAUAAAAAACUACUGGAACACCCGGAUCAAGAGGCGUCAACGGGCUGGAUUGCCACUUUAUCCACCAGAAGUGUGUUUACAAGCUUUACAAGAGAGUCAACAUAGCCAAAGCUCUGGUGGACUUAAUGGGGACAAUAAAAUGCAUCCUGAUUUCUUGCAGAAAAACAGUUAUGAGAUACAAGAUUCUAUAUUUGACAGUCUGAAGGAUAAUCAGGGAAUCAUACCUUAUAUGCCUGAGCUUUCUGAUAUUUCUGUCUAUGGCAAUAUGCUGAAAGGUUUUGAUUCUUCUCAGUAUUGUAGUUUUGUGCCACCAACAUCACCUAAGCAUAAGCGUCUUAGAGAGUCAACAAUACCAUUUAUUGAUUCCAGUGAUAUGAGCAGAAAUGGUUUAUAUCCAUUUGAUCAAAUUCGGGAUAAUAAUUCUGAUGAGAUAGCACAAUCAUUUGGAAUGCCAGCACCCCUUGAUCCUGGUCCCUCCUCGCACAGCUCAAUUUGUUACAGCCAUUCACUUUCAAAUGGCAAUUCCUCUACUUCUAAGCCAACUUAUGAGGCUGUGAAGUUGGAGCUCCCUUCACUCCAAUAUCCAGAACUUGAUUUAGGUAGCUGGGGUACAUCUCCCCCACCUUCUUUGCUCGAGUCAGUUGAUGAUUUCAUUCAGUCUCCUACACCAAUUAGUACUCUGGAGUCAGAUUGUUCUUCUCCACAAAAUAGUGGCCUUCUGGAUGCUUUACUUUAUCAAGCAAGGACUCUGAGCAGUUCAAAGAACCAUUGUUCUGACAAGAGUUCAAAUUCUUCUACUGCAACCCCUGGUGACAGAGCAGACAGCUCUGCUUUGAAUGUGCACGAGACAGAAUGGGAAGACUAUGCUGAUCCGGUAUCCCCAUUUGGUGCAACUUCAAUAUUGAACGAGUGCCCUGCUCUUAAUGCAAAUGCAAAUUCAUUGGACAAACAGCUACCCGUUCAGACCUUUAAUGGCGACAUUCUGAAAUUAGAGUCUGUUGACGAGGUUUGGACUCCUAAUGGUGAAAAUCAAACACUGUCCCUGUUGAAUAUUACACGUCCAGACUUCUUGCUUGCUUCAGAUUGGCCUGACCUGAGUUCUGGGCAUGGCAAGAACCUAGCCUUCACAAUGGAUGCUACGACGACCCUUGGCCUUGGAGAUGAUUUAGCCACUGAUCAUAAGCAUGUGACUGCUGGAACUUCCAAGUCAAGUCAAAUGUGGGGGUUUGGUUCUUGUGCAACUGCAAUGAUUGGUUAAGAAAACUUAAAUGAGAUAUGAGAUUUGAAACCCUUCUACUAGUUGAUUUGUGUUGAUUUUUUUAACAUGGUCGCCCCAUGUUAAUAUUUCUUGGACCGAGAAAGAUUUUAUGUGGGUGUGAUUUAUAGAACCAAAGAAAUGGUCAGACUUGUGUUUUCUAGUGGCUUUGUCAAUUGUUUUUGGGUAUUUCAUGUGUUGUAUACCACCAUGAAUCUUGUGUACACAAAUGCUUUUGCAAACUUCCGAUUAAUUUGUAGAACAAGAUUGCAGUUGAAACAUUGGACUGCAUAGCUGGAUGGAAUGUCGCGAAUUUCUUCCC